AAAUUUCCGCGUCCCGCCCAUCUCCCCGUUUCAAUUCGGCUUUCUUCCUAUUUGAACUAGAACCCCCGCCACCACAGCCUGAAACACCCAAACCCAUGAGAUUCGCAUCAGGGGUUCCAGGCGCCAAGAUUGGAUAUCCAGGCGAGCUAAUCCGUGUCCAUCUGGUGAACCUCUACGAUCAGUGGUCGGAGACUCGAAGCAGUAGUAGGAUUUGGACCAGAGCCCCGAGAUGCCUGACUCCAGGGACGGCAGGAGGGCGGCCCUCGCUGACCUCUCAAGCGGGGUUGGUGGCGGAGGGUUCUUUAUCAGGAGGGUGGCCUCGCCGCGAGCCCUGGCGGUGAGGGGUGCUGGGAAGCCGUUGGCGCGGCGUUAUAUGUCACCAUCGAGGAACAAGGAGAACCUGCUGCCAAUUUGGGCGUUGAGGGCCACACCGGCAAAGAGGAGCCCGCUUCCUGGAUGGUACCCCAGGACGCCGCUCCGCGAUAUUACGGCCAUUGCAAAGGCCAUUCAGAGAAGCCGUGCAAGGAUUGCUGCGGCUCAACAGCAAAGCCAAAGGAUCGAGCAGUCACCGCAGUCUGUGAACGUGACUACUCCAGCACAAGCAGAGCAGGAUGCUCCUCACAUUGCUGAAGCCUCCCAUGCUGUUGCAUCUGGCUCCGGUUCAACUGAAAGAGAAACUGUAGCAAACCCUGCUACUGUCUUGGCUGAUGACAAUUUGAAUGUGUCUUCCUCGCCAGCAGAAAGCUCACUGAAUACUCCAUCCAAACCAAUGGAUCCUGCCCUUGCUGACAUUGUUGAGAAGAAACUUUCCAGUUCAAUAGAGAAGAUAGAGAAGUUGGUGAGGAAAAACAUGAAACGAACACCGAAGGCUGCCCGGGCCUCCAGGAGGGCCACCCAGAGGCGCAAUCUCAUGUCCAUGCGAUGAAUUUACUGCUGUACUUUGCUGGGGGAAGAGAAGAAAGUCCACCUCAGGCUUGUCCUCCUUCCUCUUGUCUGCUGUUUCCUUAGUCGCUAGCCUAAGUGCCAAUGCCCCGGGUGUGCUGCUCUUCUUCCAACACUUGCCAUGGAAUGAUGCCCGCGGCCAUUCCUGGUUCCCUUCUCGAGAACCAAAGAAUAUGGGGCUAUUGGCUCUCUGCUUGAGGCUCUAGGACUGCAGCUACUAGUGUGAGGCGUGAUCUGGUUCAUGCUAUUGCUGAUGUAUGCAUACUUUUCUGUGUAUCCCAGUGGGCCGUUGAACAAAUGAAAUCUUGAAUUUACUUUUGUGCUGCACUAUUACCAUAACCACUAGUGUGAAUAUUUUCUUUUGUGGCUGCUUGUAUGAACUUCAAUAUGUAGGUCAGUAGGUACUAUGAGAAAUUUAGCAUAGUACCUAUGCAGCACAAGGUGUUUGGUCAUGAUUUCUAAGCUCCUAGUGUUGGAUGCUUUCUACAACCUUGUUCUUCAGGAGUAAGGCCCAUAAUCGAACUACAAACAUGGUGCUCAGUUGAGCUUAUGUUCUUCUGUCUCUGUCCUUUGGCAUUAUAAUAAAUCUUUCUUCACAUUUCCCCUUUA